GUUAAAAGCAGUGAAUCUGUAAGGAACUGAAACUUCAUGUGUAAGAAAUGGAGCCUCGCCUAAAAGAUGAAUCCAUGGAAGCAAAAAGCAAAGAAAUGCUGCAUCUAAAGCAAAUAGACUUGUCUCUCAGGAGAUUGAAGGUCAUUCCAUCAGACAUUUUGGUGGACACCAAAAUUCAGACCCUUAAUCUUGACAGGAACAAACUUAAAGGUGUCUCUGGAAUAUGCCAUCUUCAGGAGCUCAAGAUUUUAAUUCUCUCCAAAAAUGAGCUAACUGAUUUCCCCAUGGAAAUCCAGAGUUUGAUCCAUUUAGAAAAGUUGGAGCUAAACCAAAAUAAAAUACAGACCAUUCCCACUGGUAUAUUUCCCAACCUAAAGGAUCUUAAACAUCUGAAAUUAAAUAACAACCGUCUUUCAAAGUUACCAAUGGACUUGGGUAGUUGUUAUAAACUACAGUACCUAAACAUAUCCCACAAUCUAUUUACUGACUUUCCUGAAUGUAUCUUAGAAAUAAAAAGUUUGAAAGAAGUCUAUCUGGAGAACAAUAAACUACGAAAACUGCCUGCUGAGCUCUUCCUUGGUCUAUCCUUGAAAAAGUUCAAGGUUUCCUGCAACCAUCUGAGAGAACCACCUGAUGAAGUAUGUGUGGGUGGCCUCAAACAGAUCCGCAGUUACUUCCUUCAACUACAAGAGACCCAAGCCAAGGAGGAGAAGAGGGUGAAAGUUAUUUUUAUAGGUGCAAGUAUGGCUGGGAAGACCACAGUAAGCCGGAGCCUCACACAAGGUCACACUGUUCCUGUAUCUCUGAAGGAAAGAACUGUAGGAAUAGAGAUUAGUGAAUUUCACAUUCAAGACGUUGCAUUUUUAUUCUGGGACUUUGCCGGACAUCUAGAGUAUUAUGUCACUCAUCAUGUUUUUAUUACUCCAUAUGCCCUUGUCAUUCUUGUUGUUAAUCUACGUAGGUACCAGGUCGCCGAUGAACGGAUUUUUAUGGAUCUUGUUGGAUUCUGGAUUAAAAAUCUGGUCAUGCGGGUACCAAAUUCUGUAGUUCUUACUGUGGGCACUCACACGGAUCUAUGCCAACCAGGGGAAGUGGAAGAGAAGUGUAAAGACAUUGAGGAAAGGAUCUACAGGUUGCUUGAUGAACAUAAGGCCAAUCUCACCCAUUUUAUAAACAAUCUGGAGGAACGUCAGGACUCCGAGCUCUAUCUGGAACAGACAGAUAAGCUGAGAGAGUUAUCUAAUUGCACGGUAAAUGUUUUGAAUGUAUUCCCGAUCAACGGAACAAACUACAAUGACAUUGAAAAGCUUCAGAAUCAUAUCUUAAAUACUGUAUGCAAGGAAGAAUUAUUUCCCAAUAUAAUUAAAAUGCUGCCUCCUAUCUACAAAGAGGUGGAAAAUGCCAUAAUUGAAGUGAAACAAAAUGAAGAGACUCCACAACAUGGAAUAAUGGAUUUAGAUCAUCUUUUAAGUGAGGUCAUGCUAAAGACCACCAGUGACCUGUACAAAAAUCUUCUCAAAGAUAUUUUACGGUAUCUCCAUAGAAUUGGCCUCAUUGUGUGGUAUGAAGAGAUCAAGCCCUUGCUAAACACUGUAUUUCUGAAACCUUCAUUCCUCAUCACGGUCUUCAAGAUACUUGUCAGGCAUGAUCUCUACAACCAACUCGGGGCAAUACCAGCUGAAGUUCUGAUUUCAGAAAGAGCCUUUAAGCGUGAUGUGCUAAAAUGGCAAGAAAUGCUACAGUCUAAAGCUAUGAUUCGUUUUCAAGCCAUUCGGGUUUUAGUUAAACACCAGUUAGAGACCCUUUGUCUUCAGGAUACAGAGGAACUCUUCCAUGAUCUCACUGGACAUGGAACCCAAAAUGGAAAGCUACUAAGUCUCCUCAUGCAUUUCCAGAUCUGUAUGUCUGUUCGGAACGUAAAGAAACUGAAUCCAAGAGCCCCUGAGUUUUUACCUGGGAAUCAAUGGUCUGUAAAAGACUCUCAUAAAGAAAUGUGCUACCUUUUUCCUACGUAUCUCAAAAAUUUCAUGGAAGUUACUGAAAGGUGGGGAGGAGACCACCAUGAGGACAUUCACAUUAGAGUCUACUUUUCUCCUCUAGUCCCAGAAGGAUUUUUUCAAAGGCUUAUGGUAAUGGCUUGCUCGUUUUUUUCUACACAUUGGAUAGAAAAAGACAAUUUCCUUUUAGUAAACAAUGGAAAACCACUGUUGGUGAAGCAGUUCAACCAGAGAGCAGAUAGUUAUCUUGAGAUUCGCAGCCGGAAACCAGAAAGAUCCAAUGAUUUCCAGUCUCUUUGGGACUUCAACUUAACUCUUCUGUCUAUUGCGGAGAAACUUUGCAAGGAGUGGCCUGGACUUUUCUACUAUAUCCGAUCACCAUGUAGGACAAUUGGAUGUCCAGAUGAGUUUGAGUGGCCAGAUAUGGAUGAGACAGAAUCGAUCUACGAUAUGAUAAAAGAAGAUUUUAAAACCUGUGAGACAUGUUGUAAUACAGUCAAUAUGGAACUUCUCUUACCAAAAGCCACAGGCCACAUCAAAGAUCCCUUUCUGCCACCAACAAUUCAUGUCACUAAUUAUGGAGUAGCGUCUAUAGUAUCACACCAGUAAAAGGCAGAAGAAAGUUUUAUGCCAUGUGAUGUCUACAAGGAAGUCUCAACUGUUUAAGCAAUAGUUUAUUGAAGCAGUUCCAUUGUUUAUUGAUAUUCUGAGGCUGAAAUGCUGUAUUUCUAUGUGGAAAUCCCUAAAUCCUCGUGAUCUGAAGAUAUAUA